AUGCGUCCUAACCGAACGCGUCUGUUUAUAGAGAAAGUAUGUAUAGUUAAUGAGACAGGGGAUUUGAAUAUGUAUGAUUAGAUAUGGGAAUGGAGAAGGCAGACGAAAUUGUUUUCUGCAUCAACAUCUGUAUCUAGUAUGUAUCGUUUUAAGGAGAAGACCCUGUUAAUUCUUAUUAUCCUCGCCCCUGUGCUGGAGGUGACAGAAACAAGUUUCAAUGCUGUUUACAUGAAGCAAACUGAAGCAAACUUUACGUGCGGAAAUCCUCCCGAAGAUUUCUUUGAAACUCAGCAAGGGUUUCUGAGCGCUGAGGACAGGAUACCACUCACAUGUAAUUCCAGCGACCCAGCAAAUGCAUAUCCUCCGCAAAACAUGGUCGAUGGCUCUUUAUCAACUCAUUGGCAAUCGAAAGGUGGAGAGGACCUGGCAAUAAUUACAAUACAUUUUGAACAGGUAUCAUAAAUAGUUUUAAGUUUAAAUAAGCUAACGAGUAGAAUUUACAUAAAUUGUGAUAGCAGGAUUCUUAAGGGAAAAGUCCGGCUAUGUAGUUCAUGGGUCAUUCUCAUCUUUUGUUUAAGACAGCCAUUUAACAACAAGAGUAUUAGUUAUUUGAUGAUGACGGAGAAACGUUGAAAUUUUUCAAGUAAUAUGCUCAUCGAUGUUGUACGGUGGGCUCGAACGUUCUAUUAAAUUUUGGAGAGUAGAGGCACUAAAGGACUUCAGUCACAUAAACCGUUUCAACCCUUGCUCAAACUGGCCAUCACUGUUGACUAACUGUGAAGGCUUUAUUUCCUCUUUCAUAUCUUCGAAUAUGUUGGAGCUUGUCAACUGCUCCCUCGACUUAUUGCUUUUGCUUGAUUAACAACACGGAAGACAUAUUUCACUUCCACCUGAACGAACAUAUAACACUGGACAGACUGAUAAUCAGAAGUCAUGAAGGAUUUUGUAGUGGCCAUAGAAAAACUGAUACACAGGCCGAAUUUGGGCUGGUUGUCAGAAAGACACGUAGUAAAAGCGCUCUGAUUGAAGUUCUCCAGGUCGGUACCUCUGUUUAUGGAUUGUCUACGCGAUAACACCCGCAAUAAUGUUAUUUCAUAAGGGUAUAGGAUUCCGCAUGAUCCUUGGCCUCACAUUGAAUCUUUUCAAACACACUUAUUCGUGGCUUUCGAAAAUGUAUAGAUAUCUUUGAGACGUCAGAACAUAUUCGACCGCCGGGAAACAUUAUACUGGCCCUCAAUCUUUGUUUCUCGCUGCCAAACAUUCAGUCAAAAACUUGGAACAAGAGAAUGAUAACUUCUUGCCUUGAGUUAUUUUUAGUUAGCAUGACCAGUAUGUGAGAGGCCAAUCAUCAACAUCGACAGUUGACUAAAUUAUUCUCCGUUACAGACACAUGAACAAAUUCAACUAUCGGUUUCAUUUGACUGGUGUUAUAUUUAUGGCUUCGGUUUUGAUGGUAUACAAAAAUAGUAUCAGCCGUGAAGGUGGUAUAACCAAAAGAAGGUAAAGAAAAUCAUGGUGCAGGCAAGAAAAGUUUUUACGAACCCUGCUAUCCCUAUAUAGUUUCAACUGAUUUACAGUGAUUUUAAAGCUGGAGCUGUUGCUUAAAAGUAAACUAACUCCUAUUUUGUUCCACUGCAGACAUUCUUUGUCCAGGAUAUGAACAUUACAUUUGGAAACUAUCGAAGGCCAGGAGCUAUAAAGGUGGAAAAGUCGACAGAUUUUGGUGCCACGUUUACUCCGUGGCACUACUUGGUAACCUCUCCUGCAGUCCGCCAAUGUAGUACACAGUUUGGUGUUGCUGCCUACCAGGGAGUUAUAUCCAGUGUAGAUCAAGUGUUGUGUACGGAGUACAGCCGUUAUUUUCCACCAGAAUAUAAUGAAACUGUAAGUAAGCCUUAGGACCCCUCUCCCUCUCGAAAAAUGACCGAAUGCAAUGUUUGCCUUCUUAGCUGCCUUGUAAAAUGUCAGGUGGUGUUAGAUAAUUAUAUCAGUAACUUCUUAAAGGCCCCUUUAUGAUACGAGAGUAUCAGUAUCACGAGAGUAGUACGAAAUCGUUGGAAGAUAAUUUCCCUUAAAUAAGAAUCAUUUGAUGAACGAAAUAAAGAUGAAGAUAAAGAAAAUGAAUGAAUAUAAACAUUAAUAAACUCGGAACAGAAGCCACACAGAUUUACAUUAGGGGUUAGUAAUCAACUAGUUAAAAAGUACAGAUGUAAAUAUGCAACCAUGAAAAUAAAUAAAUGAAUAGAUAAAAGAGGAUAGCUAUAGCUGUGGCUGUUGUGUGUAGCUCUUCACGACACAGAAAAACUAGGUAAAUUUUAUUUUUGUUUCAGAUAUACAUUGACUUAAAUCAGCCGCAGAGAGGAGAUGGUACACCAGACCCUCAUACGCCUGGUUUUCAGGUAAGAUACAAAUUAAAUCAAUAGGACAUUCUUCUUCCUUAUUUCUCUUGUCGCGACGUAUGCUUUCGUUUCUUUCUCCUAUGUUUUAGGCCUGGAUGAACGCUACUGCAGUUAGAUUCACCUUUUCGGGACUUUUUAGAAAGUUUGAUACCAUGGCAACAUUGUGGGUGAGUGAACUUUUGUGUUUGCACAUCAUGCCAGCUUGUGAACAUUCCAUUACAAGUACCAAUUCCGUAUAGGAAAGUUUGGAAGCCAAACGUCCUGUCUCCAAGGCUUUCGAAAUAUUGCAAGAUACACUUUUUAAUGUUCUAUUUGUCACCCAAACGCGAUUGUUAGAAACGACAGAAAAUAUUUGACUCAUCCAGCUCGUUUAGACUUUAGACUUAACUUAGCCCUUAGCCCUUAGCCCUGAUCUCAUCCUUAUUAUCAUCGUUAUUACCAACAACUGGCCCGCAUGGCUAAAUAAAGUUUCCAAUUUCACAGCAUCAUUACACUGUACGCGAAAUUGAACUGAGUGGUCGGUGCGACUGCAAAGGACACGGAGAUGGCAAUCAUUGUCCGCUCAACCAGUCAACAGGCUUGCGCUCCUGCCAGUGCAAGGGUAACACGUGUGGAGUCAACUGUGAUACUUGUUGUCCAAUGUUCAAUCAGUUCGCUUGGAAGAUAGGCGGUGGAGCUCCCUGGACCAAUGACGUUAAUACAAAGUGUGAACGUAAGUAAGCAGUUGAAAUCAGUGAACGAAGUGAAUAAGAUUUCCACUGCAGGAGCAAAUUGUGGCCAAACUUUCCAUAGUAUUCCGUUACCUUAAGUUAUCUUAAUUUUUUAAACAUGCCCAGAAUUCUUGAACUGUCAUCACCUGAUCUGCCGUUAUCACGACAUUUAAUACCCUAUACAAUUUAAAUUAGUCGUUGAGGAUGCGAGUCAUGUUAUCCUUCCCAAUCGAAAUGUUUUGAACUAAGUGACUCACAAAUCUAUCUUCGUUCAAGCCUGUAACUGCCACAACCACGCUGUCACCUGCGCAUACAACCGAACCGUACAUGACCUGGGCCUGAGCAUAAGUAUCAAUGGAUCAAGGAUGGGUGGAGGAGUAUGCCUUAAUUGCCAGGUGUGUUUCUCAAUGCUCGAACAUAACUACAGUACUCGAAUCUAGCAAAGCUGGUGUUUCCACCGAUAGAACUGUAAUGAAUAAACGGCAAUGUUUCUUUUAUCAAAAUUUAAAAUGAAUCGACAACGUUCAUGAUCUUAGGUUCAAGAACUUAUUGGACCAUAAUUAAAUCAUUAUGUUUAAUUUUGGCAGACGACAAAGGCGUCAAGUACAACCCUUUCCUGAGGUUAUAAAUAUAAGUUUCACCCACUAAUGCUUCAGGUCAAAGAUGAAGCUGGAUAUAAUUGAAACAAGACAUUAAUUAAAGCUUUCAAGGGGUUCUAUUUACCGAAUUCAACUGAAAAAAACCUCAGAAUUUUCAAGAAUGGCCUCUUACGAGAGGUUUGAUUUAAUUAUCUGGUAUAAUCUGAAUUCAGAUUCGUCACUUAGAUAUUGCUUUAGCAUAAUGAUAUUACUUCACACAAGACUUAGUGUUGUACGACGUUACUCUAAAAUGUUCCAGCAUAAGAGCCACACUAGUCGAAAUCAGGAUAAGCUCAACAGGACUUUUGGGCCAUUAAAACUCCUGGGAAUAAUACAGUACAAUAUUGAUUACGGUAGGAAUUAUGUAACUAUGUCAUGAUGUGGAAAUAGUAUAAUCGUCACAAAAACUAGGCCUACAGUUCCCGCUCUGCACAUUUUAAGAAGGCUAGCAAACUUUGACCUCUACAAGUUAAUAUCUAUCUCCUCACUAUAAGUAUGCUGAAACCUAAAUAAAUUUUGGAAAAUGAUAAGUCACAAACUUGUGAUAUGAUCUGAGAUAGUUCCAUUUCUGAUGGCCAGUACUAUUGAUGGAUAGUUUGUACUUAGUCAUGCCUCAUACGGUGGAGGUGGAGCAGAUGGGAUACGAUCUUCAAAAGUGUCAAAUCCACGAACAUUAAUAACUCUCGAUCCCACAUAUUCACUGACAACUGGAGUAUUGAAUGUGGAAGAUUCUAUGAUUUGACCUUGCUGCUGAUCUGCUGUGUACGGCGGCGGUGGAGCGGAACCUGAGUUGUUUGGAACACUACUGAGCGUAAAAGGGUUCGACGAGCUGGCACGUAGGUUUAUUUGUGUCGAAGGCUCCAUUUGCUCCCUGGGCGGCUCACUUACGGUGGGAUUUGAAGCGUCAUCCAGUCCGCAUAAGCACCUAAGAAUACGCCUCGAGUAAACGAUGACAAAAAUUAUAUUUUUGCUCAUAAAAACAGAAACGCUUCUGCCACAUCCUUGGAAUAAUCCCAAACGGAGUCCAAAGAAUAUCAUGUCAAAGACUACUUGAAUACCAAAACUUAAUAAAUAACAUGUUCUGUCACCCUCCACGUUUUCGGCGUCGCGGUCUAAAGACGCACCCAAGGGCCACCACAUGAAACUCAGACAAGUAAAGGCAAUAAUUGCAUUUUUGAAAUCUUUCGAAAUCUCCUGGUUGUACUGGCUUUCUUCUAAGAGGACACUAAGUAAUUCAAUUCCACCAAAAGCAUUUAUGGUGACCUUCGCUGUCCAUUCGCAGACACGAUUCGCAUGGACUAUGGGCUGAUUUGAUGCUAUCCUUGUAUGCAGUGUUAGGAGAAGUAGAAAUGGCGUUAUGCAAAGAGUCAUAAUUAAAGUGCUGGCAUUCCAGAAUCCUUCACUUCCGAUUUUGCCACAGAUACGACCAAAUACGAUGCCUACCAUGGGUACUAUUCCCAGCCAAACAUACACGAUCCAAAAUAAAAGCACUUGGGAAAGUUCACCAUUAUUGCUGUUGAUAAACCACCAAAUCGCUGCAGCAGGCAUGUAAAAUAUGGAGGCUGCGUACCAGUUGCCACUAUCUUCGUAGUGCGCUGGAUACGAAGCCAAUAAAAAGCACUGCAAGGCCAUGAGAGUAAAAAAUGCAAAACGAGCGACGGCAAUAAAUAUGUCAGCCAUGGCUUUUUUGCUAUGAUGCUUUAGAGAACAUUAACAGACCACAAGUUCAUGACCUUAAGGAAGUGUUGUCGUGGAAAAAAAGAAAUGUUAUUAAAUGAAAUGCCUGUCAUCUGAAAAGCUGCCAAAAUGGACAGAUGAAUCCUUAGCGUCUAUCUAAAACUCGCUAUUCUGAUGGAAAUAUAGAACAAGACUGCGACCAAUAAAAUGUGGCGAUCAACUUUGGAUCCAUACUAAAUUCAGUGAUGUCAAUACUCACUGUGACUGCCUUUCGCGAGAUAUUCGUCAAACACUUUCUACCUAAACUCUGUAAAAGAAUUUCCACGAAAAGCACUGGAUAAAAUCCAUAAAACUCGUCGCUCGUGGGUCAUUGGUUUAGAGGCCACAGCUGACCGAAUAUUUCUUAGUUUAAAGCUGGCAAAAGUAGGCGAUAUUCCCUAAGGGAUGUUCUCGCAUUUUCAAAGCUGACUUCUGCCACCGUCAGAGAGAAUUUUCCCACUCUUUUUCAAUAAGAUGAGAUAAACUCCUUUGCUAAUUAAGUCUUACCAAUGAAUAUUUAGAAGCCAGCAUCUUGAGCCGCAAACGUUUAUGAAUAAACGGUGUUUAUAAGCAUUUUAUCCUGUACGCUGCGGAAUAAAUUUUAUAGGUGAAAGAUAAACAACGGCCUCCAUUUGGCACGAGAAUAAGCCAUAAUAUUUAAUUGCGGACAUCGUAUCAGUUCCUCGAGUUUCACAGUUUUACUAGAGCUUCACUCUUGGAAGACUGUUCGCCUUUCGGAACACAAUAACUCCGCGGAAAAAUAUCCCAACAUAAUUUCGCGCUAAAUGGUGACUUCCGUUCAUCUGUUUUUAAGUUCUAAACACGAUAGCUUAGUUAAGUCAUAGAUGAUAUUCUUACGCAACCAAAAAAUUAUUCUCAUCUUUUAGUGAGCUACUCAUUUGAGAUUCUCCGUUAAUAUUUAAGUCCCAUUAGUUUCUGCAAAGCUGCAGAUAUUGUGUGCAUUGACGCUUUCCUGUCAUCUGUAUUUCUUUCUUAGCAUAAUACGCAAGGGAUUAACUGUGAAAAGUGUCAAGCCUACUUUUAUCGACCAAUUGGAAAGAAUAACACAGAUACCGACGCUUGCAAAGGUGAGAGAGAAAGGAAAUUACUUAACCAAAUACAGAGUAAUUUGAAUGGGACUUUUUCUGAGCAGAAUAUCUGCAUGAAACACGACUUGAUCGUCACAGGUAAACUGCAGUUCACGAAAUUAAAGAAAAUAAAUCCCGAAAGACCUCGGCUCUGACUGAGAACCUCUUUAAGAGUCUCUAAGGCCCUAAACCCGCUAAGCCACGAAGAGACAUGUGGGAUGGGUAGCAAAUGCCCGUGUAGCAGUGAUGAAAAAACGUGCUGGUCUUCACUUCCGUUCCUCUUCACGUAAUAGAAUAGGUAAAAUACUUAAAAUAAGUAUUUGUUACAAUUUUAUAUGUGGUGGUACAGCCGUUGUAGUGUGUUUCGUUGGGUAGAUAGAUUUGACACGUUUAUAUGUUUCAAUGCUUCUCUAGUUUGCUCUUUGGCGGGAGGUCAUGAAGCUACUUCAUUUCAGUUCAAUAAGCGAACUGACCAAUAAACAAUUGGGUUAAAAUUACCUGAAUGACGAUCCGUAGGGUUUUUCCCUAGUAACGUGUUUGUAAAGCCUUGCUUCUAUUAAUCUCACAACAAAAAUAUUAUUGACAACUGAUACUGAUACGUGUUGUAACAAGUCAAUGAUCCCCUCACAGAUCUUGGAGGCUGGCUUUUAGUUACGCUGAUACUUAACGAUCUCAUUAAUUCAUCCUACAGAAAAUUUGAAUUUUUUAGUAGAUGGCUGUUUAAGUCGUUUGAGAGAGGCAGAAACUGAUUUAUACAAAUACCAUUUAUGGGUAAUAGUUGUGUCAGGUAAAUUUUGAAGACAUUCAAACAAGAAAGUUAACUUCUAGCCCGUAGUUAAUCUUUCUUUUGCGAGCUGUUAUUACAGAUGAUUUCUUUUGUCUGUGUAAUUGUAGAUCAUUUUCACAUUGCUAUUCUGUUUUUGAAGAGUAAACUUUAAUUCUUAAAUUUUCCUCACUCUACAUUUUAAUUCAACUUCUAACUUGACAAAAACACUGUAAACUAGACGUUUUGGAUUCUGUUCACUCAAAACAAAACCACGAGUAAAACAGUGUUGCCUUUUUAUGAUAGAACUAAACAUCUCAUCAUAUGCUGUCAUAAGUGUUUUUUUUUUUUCCUCGUCUCUCUUGAGUCACUUAGCCCAGUUAAUCAGCAGGAAGCGGUUAGAGUGAGAAGGCUCGCUUGUUCCGAAAUUUCACUUUCAUUAACGAAAAAAGCUAGAGAAAUGGUCAGACAUAAGUACAAUUUCGCAUAUUACGUGACAGCCUUAGCUCAGCUCUAUGCUUUGUAUUCUGAUUGAGCACGCUCUUUCAAUCUUUCAAUGCAAAUUAUAUCCGAACUUUAUCAUAAAAGCCAUCUAGAGCAAAAUAGCUGGCUAUAUAAACGAUCAUGAACUUGAGGGAGAUUUUAUAAGUACCACAUGAAACUUACAUAGCUUAACGCUGUUGAUGUGCAAUUGAGUAUCGCGAGAUCUCCAGACAGACCUCCGAUUCCACUCCCUUAUCUUUUUGCUUACGUCUUAAAUUUGGACAUUAUGAAGAUCCUGGGGGCCUUCUUGUCUACAAGAAAGUUUUCUACCACGACAUAAUUUGGUAAUACGGUGUAUUUUAGGUAGAAUUAGAUCCCGUAUCAGAAUAACUAUAUAUAUAGCUAAAAUACUUUCAUGAUUGUUUAAGGAGAAAUAGGAAAGUAUUGAGUGGACCUGUCACAUAAUCCAUAACUUUCCCCUUUAUCUUUAGCAUGCAAUUGUAAUAGAAAUGGAACAGCAAAUGUGUCAAGUUUGUCGUUUGGUGACUGCGUACGGGAUGAAGACGAGUUGUCAAAAUAUUUUGGAAAGGUAAUAUCUUGUAAAACUUCUUUAUGACUUACACUGUACACUAACUACUUUUGACCACAUUCUUUGAUAAUAAGAGGAAGCUGAAAAACGAAACACUUUGGAUUAUCUACCUAAGUAAAAAUGACCUUCCUUAUAUCGUGCAUGGCUGCUUAUUCCUUAGCAACCAGGCGAUUGCUACUGCAAGGAGUUUGUGCGAGGUCGCCAGUGUGACACUUGUCAGGAGGGAUAUUACAGACUGACUCAAGACAACCCUCAGGGGUGCACUGGUGAGAAGAUCGUAAACUAUUACCUAUGUAACGUUUUAGUGCCUAGAACAUAUUCCAUCCUGAAAUCCGAUUUUCCAGAUUGGCACCCGAGUCCCACAAUUAAGUUGAUUCCUUCACAGAUCCUGGGACGGUUAUAGCUUAAAUUAUUUCGCGUCUGACACUCAACAUCAAACCUUUGGUGCUGAAGAUUUAGGUUAUGCCAAGGAAUACGUUUGACUAACACAACGAAAUUUCCUUGCAGCUUGCAGUUGUCACUUGAAUGGAACGAAAGGGCGAUCCCGUGUCUGUCAAAGGGUUAGUGUUCCAAACAGAAAGUAUAUUUUAAACCAAUUCAGAAAACUAGAAAUGAGAUAUCUGAGGUCGACAAUUUUCUAUAUCAUUGGAAUUUUCGUUUUUCUUUCCAACGUACCAAAAUAAUAUUUCGAGGUCCUUCACGCCAAUCUUGAGGUAGCAAACAUGAGCCUUUCAAAAUAUCUAAACUUGGCGCCUUCCAAAGAAAAUGAAAGAUGAACUAAAUGCGAAAACAGAACAAAGAAAAGUACAAAUCAUGUGUAUUACAUAUUGAUAACUUUUUCUGUUAAUCUUCACUUGUGUCACGGCUAGGACUACUACGGCCAGUGUAACUGUAAACCAAAUGUUGAUCUAAGGGACUGCAGCCAGUGUAAAGAUGGAUAUUAUGACUUGCAGGAUUCUGAUGGCAAUGGUUGUAAAGGUGAGUAACACUCACCGCAGUUGUUUAAGUAUGACAUGAUAUAAUAAUGCUAAUAAUGCUAGUGGGCUUACUUGCCAUAAAAGCACCUGUUUUAAAAUAGCAAAGAAAAAAGCCUCGUCACAAUUGACUCGUUUAUCGGCAAUAAUGCUAGUUCUGUCCGUUUUAGCAUACUUGUAUCACUAGCUAUUAGCAAUCAUCAGUUCCGUAACUCCUUCUCGCUUCUACCCACUGUUAAUCCCAUUCUUUUUACCUAUAUCUACGCACUUUCAUUCCUUUCACCUAUUUGCAAGCUUUUGUUCAAUAAGCUCACUUAUGUUCCGAGUGUUACCGUUUACUUAAAAGCUACGUAUGCACCGUGGAUCAAUAUCACGAAAUAAACGGCCAGAAGAACUUUCAUGUAUUUCUAAAGAUGUGACAAUUCCCAGAUAGUGAAAGAAACCAUCCUAAUUGGUAAAACGUUAUAAACCUUCUGCCUUAGCUGAGGGUGUAUUUUGGAAACGACACUGAAUUUCCCGAUACUCAUUCUUGUAGCAUGUAAUUGCGAUGUGGGCGGGACAGCCAAUGGCGCGAUAUGUGACAAGACGACAGGUGUCUGUCACUGCCGACCACACGUCACCGGAACAUCUUGCAACAGGUACUGUGAUCAUAAAUGACUCAGUCUUUUAACCUCACUCAUCAUCCCUCGGGAAUGACUGCAACACCGUCGAUGCGUUCAUCUAAGUUAAGGAUUUUUAAUAAUUAACAACUAUUUACCGCAGUGGAGGUGGCUAAUGAUGCAUAUUUAUCGAGCCGCAAAGCGGUGAGGUAAAUAUCCAUUGCUACACAACGACACCGAGGUGAAUAGGUCUUUAUAUAUAUAGUUAAACAGGUAGUUAACCCAUUUAUUUCUUCAACCAUCGCAAAUAUUUUCGGGCGCAAAUCCUGCGCAAAGGAUAUUCGGAUUGUUUGAAUAGCCAAUCAGAGCGCGCCUACAACGUUAUCCAGUGUUUUAGUAUAUGCUUAUACAGGUUAUUCGUUAUCCAGUCUAGGUAAAUUGUAAUUACGACAUAGAACAGUUUCCUCGUCAAUACAUGUGAUGUGUAGACAAAGGCCAUCUCUUAAACUUAAGGGCGACUGGUUUUUAAACUCCCUGUCGUUGUUGUUUUCCAAAGAACGGCCAUGGGCUUCUACUAUCCAGAUACUCACUUUAUACAAGCCUCACGAAAUCCCUACAAACCACCCACAGUAAGUGUAAUACAACAUUUUAUUUAUUUAUUUAUUGUUACAAUCCUAAAACUGAAUGAUUCGUCACUGAGAAACUCAAAUCACGUACUUAUUCUACUCAAAACAAACAUGUGCAAACAAAAGUCACAAUCAGGCAAUUCACUGAGCAAGGAAUUCAGCUUUGACGAUGAACCAAGGCAACCAAGAAGAUUAUUUUUCCGAGAGAAAGGUUUAUGCUCAUCUCUCAAUGUAAAUUUUGUUGUCCAAGUUUACAACCAAUUUUUCCGUACGUUUCUUUUGCAGGACAUACUUAACGUGUCAUUGGAAAUCCCUAAAACGGGGAAGUACCGCGUUCUGGUUAAAUACACCAAUGAAGGCGUAAAAGCUCAACUGAAUGUUGCCCUUCAAUUUCAAAACACUUCCGGAGCUAGCGAUCCGAUGAUCUUUUCAGCCUCAUUAGCGGAAGGGUGCGACAACUGCCUUGAAACCAUAAAUCCCGACCUUGACUAUCUUUCGUUGACAAAUGGAACCUGGAUGAUCAGCAUAACAACUAUGCAGCGUUAUGACCAACUAAAACUGGUAAAAAGCCAGUUUGCUUUAACCCCUCUUCUAUACUAUUUGAAUUAUAUUGCAAUAUCAUGAUAUUCAACAAUUCUGUUACAUAGAAACGUGAAAUGCGAAAAACACAAAUGUAGUCACGAAAUCAUAAUAGCGAGAGAAUCAAAACUACGAGAAGUGUAAUAUAUAUUUGUCUGUGAGUAUUAGAGGAAGCAUAUAACCUAGAACUAGGUUAUAUACAUUUAGUAUGGCGAAAAAAUAAAGGUCCAGUCCUCGACGGGGAAGAAUGGAUGAUCCUCACUAAACCAGAUAUGCGACGUUACUUUACAAGGAUAUACUUUUCAUUUCUUGUAGGAAGGUGUUGUAGCCAUUCCUAAAGAGUUCAAACAAGCCACGGUACUUGGCGACGAAAGUGCACAGUUCGAUUUUCUUUGUAGCGUUGAUGGAAAUGAUAUGACGUAAGAACAUAUGCGAUACAUAACAUCCAUAAAUCACUUUCUCACAAAAGAAGGUGCCAUGUCAUUCGCCAGAAAUUCUCUCCUUAAACUCAUUAAAGAAUUGAUGUUUCAAGAUAAAAGGGUCAAUGGUGUGAGGAAGCAGCCGGGUUAGAUCACAGUUGUUGCAAUUGGUAUUCCUACGUCCGCAGGGUGAACUCUUUUUCGAAACGUAUUUGAGAAAAAGGCUAUUAAUCAUUAAAAGCAUUAUUUAUCAUUUAGAACUUCAAGGUAGAUAUGCACUAGAUAUGCAUUUUCAUUUUAUGUCCCCAAUUACGAUCAACAAAACAUUGAUAAUUACAUGCUUUUAGCACAGAACCAAGGUGCUUACCGUGGUUAUUCAGUGUUACCAUGGAUUAUCUAAAUGGAGCACUAGGUAAGAAAGGAAACCUUUGUUUUUUUUUGGUUGUCUUGUGUUCUUAUGUGUUACAUACAAUUAUCUUGUAUCUUGUCUUUCUGUUGACUGCCUUUUGUUUUCUGUUAGCUGCCUUUUGUUCAGUCCUCCCUUUCUUUCGGCCGAAUUUUACGAAACGAUGCAGUUAAACGAACUGACCGACCUAUUCAAACACCGAUCUUGUCAUAACUUACAGACAAGGAAAUCAAAGACAUUGAUUCGUAAAAGUAAAUCUUGUUGUUGUUGUUGUUGUUACACGCUGGUUAGUGCUAUUACGGCUCCUCGUUUUACUUCAUAGCCUGUGAAUGCCAUCCUUUGGGAUCCAACAGUUCAAUCUGUCAGGAGUAUGGGGGCCAGUGUUCAUGUAAGCAGGGAGUGGAAGGACGAGACUGCAGUAGGUGCAAGCCGGGAUUUUAUAAUCUUACGGAGGAAGGUUGUACCCGUAAGUAUUUUAAAAAUUGAAUUAUCCUCAGAAGCUAGAGUCUAACUAUAGUUACCUGCUGCGAUUCUUACGGAUCUUUUCUCUCAUACUGAAUUUUAAAGAGACAGUAAGCUCUGCCUUUAGCGUUUGAUUCAUAUUUGUACCGAAUGCUUGUAAAGUUAUUAGUCAUUCUUGGAAAUGAUAAGCUUCGAUCGAUAUACAAAUGAGAGUAUGUUGUUAUUCAUAAAUGAACAUACGGACUUCUUGAUAUUUCCUAGCCUUUCCUAGUUGACGGAAAGUAAAGCUUUACACUGAGGAAAAACUAUUUUUUUCAUGUCUUAGCUUGUGGUUGCAAUGGGCCAAACAAAGUCUGCGACGUUAUAACUGGAAAGUGCGAAUGUCCAGAGAAUACCGUAGGACGAACAUGCGAGCCAUGUCAAUGUAACAAUAAUUCAGACAGGUGUCUGAGGACUGGAGAAUGUCUCGAAUGUCAGUCUAACACAACUGGCUUCUACUGUCAGCACUGUGAUGACGGGACGUUUGGAAAUGCAGUCAUUCAGCAAUGUGAAGGUAAGCAUAAUCUGGCAUUACGUUGGGUAGUAUUCUAGCAACAGAAGAUCCAAACAAAAAUUGCAAUCAUUUAAAUAUUUAUGAAAACGUUUACGACUUUUUGACAUUCAAGUUGUAUGGGUCAUUAAAAAAACUAAAUUCUUAAACAUGCGAAUAAUCAUUAGGUGAUAAACAAGGUUUUCCGAGCCAACCAAUUUUUACAAAUUGAAUUUCAUCUCCUCAACCACGUUUAUGAUUUUCAGCCGUUGAAGUUGGGAGAACUUUAAUUUUACUGCAAUCGUCACUGUUUCUGACUGUUUGGUUAAGACAUGACCUUGUGACCUUACUUAAUUAUUCAUAUUAGAGAGCAAUGUCAACUGAAUGUGUGAUUUUAGAGCAACUUCUCAUCCGAUCAUGUUUUUACCCAUACCUCCACAGCAUGUGCUUGCAGCAAAAUUGGUUCGUUGGGUCAAUCAUGUGAUAGGGUUACGGGGCAAUGUAACUGUAAAACAAGCGUCACUGGAAGAAAUUGCACUUUGUGUGAGGUAGUUAUCCUCUUUUUUUCCGACUUACAGUGAAUGAGUACUUUUUCCACAAACCUCACUUCUUCACUCCUUACUCGACAGACCAACACGUUUAACUUUGGUCCCACGGGUUGUGAAGACUGUCGAUGUAACUCGUUUGGAUCAGCGAGCUUGCAGUGCAAUUCGAGUGGACAGUGCCCAUGUCAAGCCAAUGCGACAGGACUGAAAUGCACGCAGUGUGCAUCCGGGUUCUAUGGACUUCCAGAAGGACCGUGUGGAGGUACAGCUCAGGUUCAUAAAUCAAUCACCGUUGGCAUAUUUUCCCUACAAACACAAGCCUGAAAAACUCUUCUUAGCACUAGCAACGAAAUAAACCGAGGAUAAACCUUACCUGGGUAUUUUUUAUACUCAAAACAAGACCCUUCGCAUCAUAAUGCAUAAAACCUCACUAAUCCUUUCCGAGCGCCAUCAUGGUAUCUUAUUCUUCAAUACAAAUCUUGCCUUGUGAUUACCAUUUGAUAGCUUAAAGACUUUUUUCCGCCCUCUUUUCUGAUAUUCCUAGAAUGCGACUGCAACACAACGGGUACAAUUCCUGGCACAGUGUGUACAAAUGAUACCAUUGGACAAUGUCAGUGCAAGCUGGGUGUCACGGGAAGGUCAUGUGAUCAGUGUAUGAAAUUCUUCACCAGCCUAUCGGAUAAGGGAUGUGAAGGUACGAUUUACAUUCCAGUUGAAAUUGUAUUAGGGCUUAUUUACAUAGCACUACGUUUGCUUAGGGCGUCACAUGCAAUCAGAUUCAAACACGAAUACAACAACUUUAUGACAGAUGUACACAAACUUUGAAACGCUUAAAAACCCAUAUGAAAGCCUUGUCAUAACCACAGAAUAUUUCAAUGACGAAAGUUUUAUGUAGUUUCUACAUUUUUAAGCAACGUGAGCAACUUCAGCUGCAUGGUAUGGUCAUGUGGAAAGAAAUGGACCUUAUCGUGGUGAUAGAUGAUGGCUGUAUUCAUUGAGAUUUCACGAUGUAUUGGGUAAAUCAAGUUGCUGCCUGGCAUUACGACAGUGUUAGUUCGGCUGGCGUUAAGAUAAUUGAUGCUUCUAGAUGAGAAACUAAAAUUUCGACUCAUUUGCUCGAUUCCCAUCCAGCAUGCUCCAUGUGCAUACAGAAUUUACGGCAGUCGAUUGAGAACAAUUCAUACGUCGUGAAUGAAACAAGUGUAGAGGUUAUGCAGCUGAAAGACUUUGCAAACUUCAAUAAUCCAAUGGUAGACGUGUCUCGUUCACUACAGCGAACUAAGGUUGGUGAUGUUCCACACCAAUUGAUCUAAUUAUACGACCUACCUUUGCAUAUAUUCCACGCACAUUUCGUUUUGUUUAGCAUAUCUAGCCAACAAUUCGAUAGAGAAGUCAUAAAAGGUUUUGAGUCUUCUUCAUUUACCUAAUAUAAAAAAAGAAAACAUUGUAGGGUAGAAUUUUAUGUUAUGAAAACAAUUAAAAACGCAUCGUUGCGGAUAUGUGGAAAUCUUAUCAUGUUACCCUCUCUAUCUAUCCCUUUUCCUUUGUAUUCAUAGGGUUUUGUCUGUAUUACCCACAAGAUAUGCUUAUACUAUUUCAGACCGAAAGAGAGCAGUUCUACGCUCGUAUAUCCGCAGGAAAUGUAGUAUAUCAAAAUGUCAUGACUUCUGACCUUCCUGAAGCUAAUAACAGUCUGCUAAGUCUUUCCACCAGGGUAAGGAUAUGAUAUUUUGUCUGUGGUUUAAAAAGCGGCCAGAGGCAACGAUGAUAACAAUGACAACUAGGACGAGGGCGGUGACGGUGACAAAGACAGUGAUGAGGAAGGUGAAAAGACGGUCAGAGAAGACGGGGAGAUAGACUAUAACUAGUACAGUGACGAAGACGGGGUUUAGGACAACAAAUAGGACUUGAACAGUGACGGAGCGGUGAAGAAGACGAAAACAUGCACGAGGACUAGUACAGUGACGAAGUCAGGGACAUAGAUGACGACGGGGAAGAGUACUGGGAGGAGGACGAAAAUUUGGACGACCACCAGUACGGUGACGAAAGACAAGGGCGCGGACUAGAACAUUGACGAGAAGUAAUACGGUGUCGAGAACAUGGACGAAGACAGCGACAGGAACGAGGACGAGAACAUUGACGAGGACUAUCACAGUGACAAGAACGAAGACAGUGAUGAGGACGGGGAAAACAACAAGAACGAGGACGAGAAUGAGGACGAAUUAGAUUAUAUGACGAUGACGAUAAUGACUUUGUUCUUGUACCCAUUAAGAUGAGAUUUUCUUCGUCGUGCAAAGAGAAAAAAAAUAAUUCAGUUCUUCAAACUGUGUGGCACUGCGUUGAAAUAUGGUAUUUAGAUAUAGAGAUCGUAUCCUUUAUCUUUUUUAAUCUAUAGGCUCAAGAUCUACGCAGUUUUUCAAAAGAAGCUGAAGCUAAUUCCACUAAUACUCUGGUGAAUAUCAACUAUGAAAAGAAUGCAACAUUAUCUGCAAAGACAUACCUUACAUGUGAGUGUACUAGCAUCUGUAAAAGUACAGUAACUCUCACAAGAAUAAUCAGCUGGCUGGUUUUAGCUGAGUUGAACCAUACUCCAUUCGUGAACUGUUCUGGGAAAGGGCCUUUCAAAAGCUAGUUGAAAUUUAUACAGGAUCAGGGAAUCUCUCUUCUCUACAAAUGCUCGAUGUCGAGAAAGCGUUAAAGAAUCAUUUUAAUCAAAAACCCAACGCAGAGUAAUACCCUCCAGUUCGGAUGGCCUUUGAGAUUAAGGGGGAAAAUGAGUGGCUGCACGCCAGGCUCAAGUGAGAAUGUUAUUGUCCAAUGCACUGUCUCCUAAUGCGUAGCUUUUGAUCUCACUUGGCCACCCUGGACCCCACCCUGCUUUAUUGCUCGACCGAGCAUACGUUAUACGUAAAUACAGCAAAAACAUGUAGGCAAUUCUCUUUCAGCUGUGGAUACCAUCAUUGAGGACGUGCGAAAUGCUCUCGAAGAACACCAUGUUGCUGCAUUAAAAUUCCAGAGACACUCAGCUGAAGCUUUACGCCAAACAAUGAAUAGGAACUUCAGUCAAUAUUCUCAGGAUAUAAGUCAAAAAUUAUGGAUGGCUGAAAACACGUCUGUUCUUGCCGAACAAACAUUGGAACAGGUAUGCAACCCUACUAGUAGUAAUCCCCGCUCAACUUGGCUCGGUAACUCAUAUUUUUAACCAGUGUUGGCUACCUGAGGGAAAACAGGGGUCAGCAGGUACUUUUGCCAGCUUGCUAUUGUUCCAAGUAUUUAAUAAAUACAUUGUUUGACUCAAAUUUACCCUUGACUUACCGUAAUAAUUAGGUUUUUUCAUCUUAGUGUAAAAAUUUGAAAGCAGCAUCUUAGAAAUUUAUGAAAGAGUCUUAUCCAUACCAGUGAAAUCACAGUAUUUAGAGUUUCGUCCAAUGCUUCAACCUCAGUGUUCCUCAAUUUCAUGAAAUACUACAACUUCUCUAAUUUCUGCUCUUUCACCUGCUAAGUUUAAUCUUACAUCUGAAUUUCAUUAUCUAUGUCCCCUGUGUGGAAUAUUCAUAAGUGAUUCCUCUCAUUACUCUAAAUCAACUGUCUUAUAUCUAAUGUUCAAGAUACUAUAUCUACCAUACAAUACCGGUAAUUAUUUAUUUUACUUUUACUUAGGAAAGUAGAUUUACGACACGAUUAAGAAAGGAAGUUUCCUUACAAUGAUAAUGCCAUGUAACGCUAUGAAACGCAAUAUAACCCAAUACACUACACCCUGUAAGGUUUGCCGUUCUACAUCCAGUAAAUCGAUAUAUUUCAUAUGUAUCAGGUCAUGUCCAAGCUGUUUCAUGCUCAAAAACUUGAAAUCUCGGUACAAGAGAAAGCAGCUAAUUACAUACAGAUCCAGGAGAGCUGGAAUCAAUCACAUGCAACCUUCAAGGAAACGAUAGAAAAGGUUUAUAAUUAUUCUGGCGAAAUGCAUGCCACUCUAACGGAGGCAAAGGUAUGUUUGUCUUGGUAAUGCAGCUGCCACGCUUUCUCUCUUUCUUAUUUAUUGUGCAGUGCAUCGUUACAUGAAAAGUAAAGACAGGAUAAUUACUUGGUGAAAGAUAAAAUCUAAAUCGAGGCAAGUCUCUUUGAAAGUCAAAGGCUGCCUUCCUCCCUUCUCUGUUUCGUUAUCUGUUAUCACACACAAAUAGAAGCCCUUGAUGCCGAGGUUUUUUGUCCGCCUAUUCCAAAGAAAGACGGGGUGUUGCAAACUAAGCACUUUGAGGGGUGAUGCAUUACACCUGGUAGUAUAAGCUCCUUCUGUGAAUUAAACUUCAGGUAGAUUAAAGACUCAACGCACUUCACUUGAAUUAAUUGUACAAAUGCGUAAAUCAAGAUCCAGCCGGAUAGGGCUUCAAAUUCUUUGUAUAAAACGUAUUUGGCUCGCAUCAGUCGGCAAUAAACCAAUUACAAGGUAUCUACCAUGCUAUAUCUACCUAGGAUGUUUCUCUUUACGUGAUUUGAUCCGCUAUUACAGAAUCUUCUGGAGAACGAAUUACACGCUUUGAACAGUUCCAAGUUUUCGUUGGCUGACACAAAUAUGACAUUAAAUAACACAAGACUUGUUCUAACGCGUGGCUCAUCUAUAUUUGAGGUAACAAGCCAUCAUCUCUGAUCUAUUGCAAGCCUGUUCGUUCAUUUCCCUCUCUUAAAAACUAAUCAACACAUGGAGGGAAACGAUAUGAAGUUUUUAGUACUAAUUGGCAGUUCCAGAUUUUGUCGAUGCAAUCCUCAGGGAUUGUGGCUAAAAAAUUUUACCUUUAAGAAAUCAUUACGCUGUCACUCCCGUGAACAAAAUCAUCCAGAGGUGGGUAAUUGCUAGAUAGAUGGCUUUUAAUCUGCUGCCAACACAAAUUAAUCAUUCAAGUACGCGCUAAACUUAUCCUGAUGAUGCUUAAAGCCAGUAUAGUACAUGUAUUUCUAUUGAUACAAAUUUUGGCAUGCUGUAGUAAAUUUACUUUGCACGUAGUUUAAAUUCUGCCGUGUGAUGUCGAGGCGCUGACUGCAACCAGCUACUUGCAAAAUUAUUGAGACAAGUUGGAGUACCCAUCAUACGAGUUCUAAUUGCGUUAUCUUGCAGGGCAAAUUCGUGGAGCCCCAAUAAAACAAAUUAGCACAACGUUGUCGCGACUACAUUUGUCGUAGUCGUGGAUAUAUGCAUUGACCUGCAUGAAUUUUCCUUUUCCUGUAUAAUCUUUGUGAUUAUUCUUUACGCAUCAGGAAUAUCAAAGUUCUUUAUCUCCUGUUAAUGGCGAACUGGAGGUAUCCAUGCUGCAGUACGAACGGCGACAAACACAAUUUGUCUUGCGCAUCGAGAGAGGACGUAAUCUUCCUCCAAAGGAUCUUUCACGUCAAACCUCAGACCCGUAUGUUUUGGUAUCGAUUAUUCCCGAUUGGAAUAAUGAGGGGACUAAAACGACAUCUACUGUAAACGGUAAGGCUCUCAUGAAAUAAUAAAACUUCACGAUAAGGACUUAAGUGAGGCCAAUAUUUGUCUCUGCUGAAGGUGUUUACUAGCUCUGCACUCUCUGCAAAGGAAAUAGCCCCUCUAGAUUAUCAACUUUUGUAUACGUUCCUUACAUUUACUUACUUUAUUAAUUCUUGUAAUUUUAUUUGUGCUUACAAGCUUUUUCAUCGUUAAUAUUUUCAAUGUAAGUUCUCGGACCAUCCAACAGUCACAGAUAUGGAUCUGUUCACACAUCUUGUGUAAAGAUUAGAAUUUUGUCGUUUAUUGUUGCUUGGCUAAUCCUGAACAUGAACGCUUAAGAUGACUUUUUAAAAUAUAUAACUGAUGAUUGACUCGUUAAUUUUUUUAAACGAUACCAAAAAUAACUCAAGUUGUCAUGAACAAAGAAUAUCACAAUUCUAGUUUCCUCGGAUCAAUAUCAGUAUCUGGGUAACUGUCCACCUACCCCUCCCCUAACCCAACAACAGUCAACUGAUAACAAGUUAGGGUUAAUGUUGGGUUAGGGGAGGGGUAGGUAGGCAGUUGCCUAGAUACUGAUAUUGAUCCGUUUCCUCUUUGUAGAUUUAAAAUUUACAAAGAGGAAACGGAUCAAUAUCAGUAUCUAGGCAACUGCCCACCCACCUGCCGAACCACCCUGUUCAUCCCCAAAAGGAUUUUUCAAUAUUGAUCAUUGAAACUGAUAACUAGCCAGUAGUUCUCAUUAUGUCUACACGCAAUAACUGUUACAAAAAGAUUUUUAUUUUGAACGUAAUAACGGACUGGCAUACCUUGAAGUGAUGUAUACUGUUAUCCAACAAGUGGUCCUUUGUUGCUGUUAAAAAAAAAAAAAAGGAAUCGUUGAUCGUGGAAUUUUCCAUCUUAAUCAUCUACAGGUGAUUUAAACCCAAGUUUCCCAUUUGGCGAUGUAAUUCGUUUCACCAUAUCAAUGGAGCAGUUGAAUAUUACCAAACUGAAGCUAGCCGUGUAUGACCACGAUCCUGGUGAAGAGGAUGAUUUAAUUGGCAUGGCACUUAUUGAUUUGUCCAAAGUAGAAAACUUCCUUGAUAACAUCGUCACCGAAUGGUAUCCACUAAUUCCACAGGUAUAUAAUGACUGUAAUGAUGACAAUGUGUAAAUAGAAUUUGAAUGAAUGUUAUCAUAAGGGUGAUGUUUGUGAUUUACGGGAUCCGGAUGGCGCUGCUUGAUAGUGUCAACUACUUAUCAUUCAAAAUCUUAUAAUUUUGACGCAAAUUAUACCUAUUACAAAUUUAUAAAGACUUUAUUUAUUGAGUGCUGUAGAAUUUAAUUGAAAACUUUUGAGGAUCCGUACUGUACUUUCAAUCUCGAAAAAUAAUUUUUAUCAUUCUAUCCAGAAAUUGGCGUGCUCUUUCUUAGUGUCUUAAAUCAGUAACAGUUUUGUAUCUUAUUCAGUAUACCCUAAGCGAUUGUACUCAUGUUCAAGUAGGAUCGGUUCAAAUAUUUUUGUUUAAAAUUGAUUUUGGGCAAUUUGGUCUUCGUAAAACGUUCCAUAGUGUGAGAGAAAAUGUCACAAAAAAAUGAUUAUUUUUGUGUUAUGUCCUAGGACCUGUCUGAAAUAAGCAGUGGGAACUUUGUUCCACAGAGUGGACUAACAGAUGUAUCAAACCUACUGGAAAUGGAAGUUGACAGCAUCAAGCAGAAGCUGUUUUCUGCCGAAGUUAAACUGUAUCAGGCUGAAAACCAGGCCUCAUAUCUGCAGUCACUCGCUAACCAAAUGGAUCAGUGAGUGCAAAUUACAUCAGUACAAAGAAGAGAUUGAAGCAAAUACCACCCACUUGCGAAAUUCUCGAUGAAGUUUUUUUUUGGGGGGGGACGAUUCUGCUUCUUGUUCUCUGAUCGCAUUUUUUAUUUAGGAUAACAAUGGGCAAUAAGUCAGCAAUUUUGGUUGUCCACAUUAGCUAUGAUUAGGAAAUUUUUCAUUCGUUUUCAAUUUUAUUGAAAAAUUUUAGACGAGUACCUUCUGAAUGGUUAGAAACCUUCUUUCAAACGCACCAUUUCUUCAUUCUUUUAUUUCUUAAAAACUCUUUAUUUUCCGUUAUUCCUGGUCAGUGUACUAAAAAGUUUGUCUUUUUCCUUAUUUGAAGAACGUUCAAUCGUAGUCAGACUCAUGGUGCUGAAGCUUUAUCGGCGAUCGACAGAUAUUCUGAGAUAAGUAAGCUUGUGAACAGGUCUUUAAGUCUCGUGGAACAGGCAAACAACACAGUGCACGUCCUCGACCAACAGGUGCGUGACGUUGAGUUUGACAAUUAAAGAUUAAAGCACGUUACAUAAUGGAAUGUACUGCGCUUUUAUAAAUACAAAUUUAAAGAUCUAAUGAUGAUAUACCCAUGCCUUGAACUAUGAUGUAAACGAGUGAGAAAUCCGGGACAUAAAGUGAUCCGCAGGAGGAGUUACUAUCAACGUUAAAAGAUUGUCAAAGUUUGGGUAUAGGGUCGAAAAACUUUCAUGCAGCAAGUUACGGUCUUUCGUUUACACUCGUCCUUAGUCGAUGAACCGCAUUUUUUGCCAUUUGUUAUCGGUUAUUUCUUCUUUCGUGUUUUCAACCCGUUAUAUGUUGUCAGCCAUUUGUUAAAGUAGACGGCAUGACAUGGCUGCAUAGGGAUACCACGUUUUUAAUGAUUUCAAGUAAUAAAAUUCAUAAUUCCCAUUUCUGGUUUAAAGCUCAGCGUUUUUUCUCUGGCUUACCUUAAAACCGGGGCACAAAAAGCGUGGCAAGGAUGGUAUGAGCUUUACAACGUUACAGAAGAACGAAACGCUACUAUACAAAGUGAGUCUUGCGACAGAUGCUAUAUUUUCUCAAGUGAAUGCUUAGUUCCAAGAAACGCCAGGUCUAUUUACAUUUUAUACAAACCCCCUCCGUGGGGGAGGGGGGCGGCGGCGGUCCCUAUUUGUCCUCAGUGGGUCUGUACCAUUCAGCUGGGUGUGUCACCUGGUACAAUUACUAAAUUAUGCGUGAAUAGUUAACUUCGCCUUUCACAAGAUGGAGAAGGUUCAGAACUCCAAUCCAAAAAUGAACGAAAAAUGUAUACACUGAAUAAUGGCCUAUAAUUUGCAAACAUUCCUAAUAGAUCAGCGAGAAACACUUCAUUUUCACCUUGAGCGUCUCAAUUUUGCUCGUUAAAUAUAGGCAGACUCCCCUUAAGAAACACAGACGUCCCCUGAAUUAUCUUAUGCGGGCAUAACUUUAACUUGCUCUGCUGGGAUAAAAGAAGAUUCACACUUCGCCUACAGGACCACUUUGUCUUUACCGCCCGCAACCCUUCAACCGAGAACAUGCAGUUAUGUGAUUUAUAAAUUCACAAUUAAUGAAAAAAGUUCUGCAUCCCAGCUUACAUGGAGAAACAACCACAACGGUCUGAAAAACUGACAGCUUUGCGAUCCCUAUUUUCUUGUAGCUCUCCUUUUACGUACAUGUCGAUCAAAAUAAAUUCUUAAAAGAUUAUUUCCUCUUUUUAAGACUUGGAAAAAACGAUUCAUCAGGCAAAUUUGACAUUCUUAAAUUCCUUGGAUGUAUGGAAUGACGUUUACAAGCAUUUUCCCGCCAUUCAGGAUGCAGCCGUCCAGUUCCGUAUCGCUGCCGCGAAAGGUGAGCUCUGUGGAUGCUUUAAUAAGCUAACUUUUAACGUUUAUAAAGCCUUUCAGUAAGAAAGUUUGGGGACAUAAAGAAAAUGAUAUAAUGAAAUUCUACAAUUCAUUGCGAAAUUACGUUAAAUAGAAGUAUUUCAUGAGAGUAUUAUAAAGAUUACCUUAACUAAAAUGUGCAAAAAAUGGUAAGUAGGGAAACAAAGUGGCGUGAAUUGCGAACAUGGAGUGCUGGGGUGAUAAUGACGUUAUUUUCAUCACUCUUUGCUUUAAGCUCCGGAUGUUUCACCUCCUCUGAUGCAAGCACAAGACAAAGUGACCAAUGCAAGUGUAUUUCUAUCUACACUGGAGGAUGAGCUGAAUGUAAUGGGCUUGCUUAUAGAGACUUUGUUAAAUAAAACGUGGUUUAUUAAAGAAUCAUCUCAAGACGGAAUAAAGCUGGUUAAUGACGCCUUUAGCAAUGGUAAGUAAAGUGUUUAGCUAUCACUGCGAAAAAAAAUUAGGACAGUACCUAAUGCUGAAACUUCAGACGUGUUCAGCCUGAUUUACGAUGUAAUUUUGUUUUAAGUAAACUUCAAGCGGCUAUCAUCGAUUUUAAGCCGUAAAGAGCAAAUUUUUAGAUGAAAGAAAAAACUUAAGUUUCUAACAUCCCAUAAAAAAGUUUUGUUCCAGUAAACUUCAAGCGGCUACCAUCGUUUUUAGGCCGUAAAGGACAAAUUUUUAAAUUAAAAAAAACUUGAGUUUCAUAACUUCUCAUGAGAAAGUUUUCUUUGUUCCUUUACAGUGCAAAAUAUCUCAGCAAAGCUUGUACCAAAUCCAAAUGAGCCGAAAGUAAAUGCUACUGUUAGAGAAGCCAAAACAGCAAUGGAUUCACUUUCGCCUAUCCGAAGUCAAGUAGAAACACGAAUGACCAAUGUAUCAGACAAACUUAGUCAAGUGAGAAGAAUGGCCGCCUCGCUGCCUUUAGCCCUUCUCAUUAUGAACAAUAGCUGGGUAGAAUUUGUUCCAUCUGCCCAAACGAUUGGAAAUCCUUUGAAAAACGAGAUUUCGUUUGAUAUCAAGACUAACGUCACCGAGGGUCUUGUGAUGUAUCUGAUAGCAGAGCCUCAUGAAAAGACCACGGAACGCUCUAAUUGGCUGGUAAGACUUGUAGAAUGUUGUUUAUGGACAUAUAACCCAGAGAAUCGUGCCCUAGAAACCAUAAACUUUUUCCCCUGUUAUUAAAAGGUACAUACAAAAGUUAUACAGGGGAAAACGAUAGUGUAACAGCGCAGGAAUCAGCGGGUAAAGAGAGAAAAAGAGCGCCUGAUACGAUCACUACACGAUUCGUUUACCGCUGGUCAGGAAUAAGAAUUUUUGUCUACUUGGUUUAACUCUCACAAAAAUUGUUACGUCAAAACCGUCUCUUUUUUAUAGUAGCGAACAUUGAAUCAAUGGUAACAAAAAACCUUUUUUCAAAUUUGAAAUUUUAUUUAAUUUAAUUUUCGUUCAGCUGGUUUUAUUCAGUAAUUCAUUUGUUCAUCUUCCUGCUUCCUAAUUUAUAUUUAGACAAAAAGCCUCGCCUUCUUCAUAUCAAACAGUUCUAUCAGUGUCGUGUAUGACCUCGGUGCUGGACCGAUUACGGCUCAGAAUCCCUUGGUACUUAAAAAUGACACCUGGUACAACGUGUAUUUCACCAGGUAAGCACGUAACUACCAUACUUACGGACCCGAAGAGGUGGAAAUCAUCUGGAAGUGAUUUAUUCAUACUAACCAUAUUUUGUCAACAGCGAUAUCAACAUGGAAUUAACCGAAAGGAUUCAUAUCAGUGCAGAAUGCUUGUCACUUACUACUUACUUACUACCUGCUUCUUAGUACUACACCCGUCUCUGGUGCUGUGUCCGCUGUUGAACUGUCCACAACGGGGAACAGUCUUUCUCAGUAUUACCCUUACCUGGAUGGUCAGACUAUACAAUCGUACUUGUAGUCAUAUUAGGAAACAACCUCCCUUUUCCUUUUCACAUCCCUUGUCUUUACACCAGAUUCUGCUACCCUUUACAACUUUAUUAACAUUAGUCAGCAUACUUACUGGCAAAAUGCCAACUCUCUCAUAUCUGGAAUGUAAAUUUUUUCAAUUGAUGUCUCCGAAAAGUAUACCUUUUAUUAGGUAAGCUUUAUCAUUUCAUAUUGUGAUUACACUUUGCAAAUUACCUCUGAACAGAUUUGAAGCUGAGGCAUUCUUAACAGUCAGCGCAGACCGACAGAUUCGCGAGACAAUCUCCAUAAAUGGCUCAUCAGUUAAUGGAAGGACAUUGCAAUUUAGCAAUGAAAGCAUCAUUUACCUGGGAGGCGUACCUUCAAACGUGAUGGUAGUUUCACUCUGGCUUUAAAAUAGUUCAUACCGCCCCCAUAUCGGAAUGGCCAUAAUAUUAAUAACUGCAUGCUGUUACAAAUAAAAUUGUGCAAAUGCGAUCAUCAAUCACAUCCUUUCUCUAGACAAGAGACAACGUUAGAUUAAUUUUAACUGAAAUCUUCUCACGUGUAACAACACGAGCCUAAUGAAAUUUGAUGCCGUUCCAUUCCUCAGGGAUCUCUAUCGAUGGAUCACUUCAGAGGCAUGGUCGAUAAUCUUGUUAUUGAUAACUAUCGCUACAAUCUCUGGAACUCUGCACAAUCUCAUGAUGGUGUCAAGUACGCAGUUCCACGAUACAAACCCAUCUACUAUCCGGCCGAUGGAAAAGCUGUUAGUUUUUAUGGAAAUGGUUUCCUCCAACAUGCAGUUGGGCAAUUCAAUGUCAGCUCUGGGUAUGCAUCUGUAGAAUUAGACUUCAGAACCCUGCAUCAGAAUGGUAUCAUCAUGGCUAUAUCCAGUGAAGAACAGAGAUAUGUUCUUGUUCUUUAUCUUCAUAAUGGACAAGUUAAAUACUUUUUCGAACUUGGGGAAAAUGAUGGAAUUACAAUGACAAGCAGUGGGUGAGUAGGACACCCCAAUUAUCGUAUCAUACUACAAAAAAACACAUUCAUUGAUUUAGCAUUUCUCUGUAGUGGUCUCCCUAAGUGAGGUAUUGCAUAUUGUGAUUUUAACUUUAUAGAACUGGCUCUCACCGGAUUAAAGAAAUAAGGAAAGUUCGAAUUUCAGGGCCAAACGAACUGAACUCCCCAGACAAUUGUAUUUACAAUUGUCUCUCUUAGACAUUUUUUAAAUGCUAACAAAGGUAGCUCAUUGUAAGUAUAUUCACAGGUCUUCAUACGGCGAUGGGCGCUGGUAUCAUGUUCGUAUCAUGCGCACUUCCGUAAAUGCGACGCUAACUGUAAAUCCUGUGGGCUCAGCUCGAACAUCUGACAGUCAUUUUGUCGACACCGGUCAAACGGUAAUGGCCGAUAGUCAUCUAAUCACUUUCGGAGAUCUAAACCCUAACAGGUUUGUACUGAGAACUUAACGAGUAUUCGUUGGUGAUUAUGCAUUAACAGUAAAAUGUCUUGCGUUUCUUACAGAAAACACCAGCUGAUCUCUGUAUUAAAGGGUGCUUUCAUACAUUUUUCUGCCAGCAUGCCUGCGUCAAUCACUGAAUAACAUCUUCCUUCGCCAAAAUCACCAGGCUCUAAAAUUACCAUCUUCAUUCGCAUCAUCACUGCGCAAAAGCAUCACAUAGCAAAAUUGCUCUCCUCGGAGUAUGCAAGACGCUUGUCGCAAUGAACAUAGUUAAACGGCCGUACUUACUACGAGUCUCCCAUGAUUCAGUGGUAGAUCGUCCGAAGUACUAGUUGGAAGGCCGUUGGUUCGACUCCUAUCUGGGAGCCCUCAGAGUUUUUUUCCCUCGAAGUAUCCCUGUGUAAUUCACUAAAUAACACCUUCCAUCAAUUAGAUUACCAGGCUUAAAAUCUCCUAUCUUCAUUUACACCAUCAUUGCACUUGUGCAUCACAAACGACAUUCCUAUCCUCAAAGGGAUGUAGGGAAUUUAUCGCUAUGGACUUACUUAAUGGCCUUACUUGUCACGAGUCUCCCGUAGCUUAUCUGUAGGACGCCCGAAGUCCUAAUCGGAAGGUCUUAGGUUAGACAGACGAAGACUUUUUUAUUCCGAUUUCGCCUGUGUCAUUCACUAAAUGACGUCUUCCUUUACUUUAAUAACCACGCUUAAAAUUUACCAUCUUCAUUUUCAUAGUUAUAGCGUUUGAGCAUCACGUAUUGACAUUCCUGUCCUCAAAGUAUGGAAAACGUUUAUCACCCUGGACUAAGUUAAAUUGGCUGUCUUGCUACGAGUCUCCCAUAGCUUAGUUAUAGAGCGUCCAAGUACUAAUGGAAGGGUCUGAGUCCAGUUUCGAGCACCGGGACUCGCGUUUUUCUUUCGCGAGUCUUCCUCUGUCAUUCACUGAAUCAGGUCUCCUUUCAGUUUAAUCACUACCCUUAAAAUUUACCAUCUUCAUUUACAUCAUCUUUCUGCAUAGGCAUCAAAUAUCGACAUUCCUACCUUAUAAUAUGCAGGAAAUUCAUCACCUUAAACUUAGUUAAACGGAUCUUCUUGCCACGAGUCUCCCGUGGCUUAGUUCUAGAGCAUCUCGAGUAGUAAUUGGAAGGUCAUUUGUUUUUGUUAUUCCGUCUUCCUACGUCUAAAGCGCGACGCUUAAAAUUUAUCAUCUUCAUUAACAUCGUUAUUGCGCCUAAGCAUCACAUAUCGACAUUCCUACUCUUGCAGUAGGUACGGAUUAUGUCACCUUGGGCUUAGCUAAACGGUCUUACUCGACUUACUCGCAACGAGUCUCUCAGAGCUCAGUGGUAGAGCGUCUAAAGUUCAAAUCGGAAAGACGUAAGUUUGUGUCAUUCACGGAAUAACUUCUUCCUUCUCUUAAAUCGCUAGGCCAAAAAUUUACCACCUUUGUCUGCAUCAUCAUUGCGCAUAACCAUCACAUAUCGACAUUUACAUCCUCGCAGUAUGCAGUAAGCUUGUGAUCAUGGACAUUUUUUAAACGGCUUAGUUUGCCACGAGUCUCCUAUUUCUCAGAAUAACAUCUUCCUUCACUAUUUUUUGCAUAUAUUUACUGACAUGUGAAAUAAAUCCGCAUGCACGUCUGAAACAUAAGCACAUCUCACGUCAUCUGACAAUGUCCCUCUGUGAGGAGCUUAAAGUGUAAACUAAUGUGAUCUUCUUCUCUUUAGUGUCGUUGUCUUUGAAGCUAACGAAGUAUUCUCUGGAGACAUGAAAAACUUGCUGCUGUACAGCAGUGUGUCCUCAUCCCUAAUUCCGCGGCUCUUCAACGACCCAACAUUUAUGUUUUCAAAACAAGGAUUAUCGUUUAGAGGAGUUAUCAAAGGAGAGGUAAGAUUACUGAAUGAGAUGACCCCCGAUACAAAUGGUAUUUUAAUAUUAAAUAUUCAACUUGUAAGGAAGAAAUUACCGGCAUGAAUAGCAUGUAUUACGAUUAGGUGGUUUCCUAAGAGCGAGGGAAACCAGUAGCUAAAGAAAAAAUGAUUUGCCAUGCCGGAUUAGGUUGUCUGCUGGUUUUAAAAAAGUUUCUUCAAGACCAAACGCUAAUUUUUCAGUUGGUAAGUGCUCUAUUUCGCACGGUACCGUUCUCCAUUUUCGAAUCACGAGUUAAUUGACAUGAACUAUACGCACAUUCAAAUGAGAAACUGAGGAAAUAGUACCUCAGAUGGCGGAGACGCACCUGUUUACUUGGAAAAGUUGAAAAGCAGACCCUCGAGGGGUCAACUUCAUGCACUUCUUAAUCACUUAUAAAACAAUUGACGGGAACAGGCUCGUCAAAAUUUUUUUUUCAAAGUCCCUAAAUUGCUUAACCUUUUUGGUAUUAAUUUUUCAGAUAGAAUAUGGAACACGUUUCUACGGGUUCGAAGAGGAAAUAAGCGACUGUUCAUAUGCAACUAUUGACAUCAUCAGCGGAAAAGCAGCAUUUUCGACAUUGCACUUUACCUUUAAGACAAAGGAAGAAAGUGGCGUUCUUCUCUACAGCGAAAAAAACGUGAGCAACAUUGCAUUCCCAUUUGAUUUUCUGCGAGAAUCAAAUAACUGCUUUAUCUUAAUCUCAUUCAAAAUUAUCCAGUGCAUUGAAUUUCUCAUUUCACUCAGGAUUUUUAUUUUUGAAACACCACUCCAUUUGGUUUGCAAACCUUUAAAAGGUGCGUCAAAACAAUUUGUCAAACACCUACAAAAAAAUGGUUGAGUGACUCCUUAUACCCGGCCGAAUCUACUUCGUCGAUACCAUAAAAAGAGGAGUUCAGACUUUACAAAUUAUGUCAAGAUGUUUACAAGAAAGUGAAUAUAUCAUACGCCUAAAGUUUUACUUCUCUUUUUAUUAAACGUUUACUCAGACGGAGGAUGCACCAUCGCUGUACAUGGCAUUACGACACGGAGACUUAUACUUUUGGUUAGGGGAUAUUGAAUCAGUUCCUGUCUUCUCUUCGUCAAAUAUCACCUUCUCGGACAAUUCAUGGCGCACAGUGCUUUUGCAGCUCACGGACAAUGGGUGGGUGCAAUAAUUCUCUAUGUUAUAUGGCAAUGUGUAAAGCCACAACUAUUGUACUUUUACCGAAAAUGUACAAGGCCUGUCAUUAGUUUACAAUCCCCAAUGGCUUAAUUCCUUUACGGUUUAUAUUUCCAAGUCUGCAACAAAGAAUAAACUUCGUUAUGAGGGGGAGGCACUUUUCUUCACUACGAAUGCUCAUAAGUCGUGAUAAGAACGACAUAAGAUUAGAGAUCCACCCUCCAAACACCUAUGAAAGGUUGGAAAAAACAAAAUUGCAUUAUCAAGUAAGUUAGCUGCUGUGAUGUUUCUCUUGUUUUAACAGAUACGAACUUUACGUGAAUAACACUCUUGUUUACACUGGUGUCUAUAACUUCGCUGCUUUAUCAUUGGUUCUUCAUGAUCCGUUUUAUAUGGGUGGCAUUCCUUCCAAUAAGUCAUCCCAGACUCCUUACGCACUCUGUUUCAAGGGUGGCAUGAAGAAUUUGACCGUUGACUCCAGGUAAUUUCGUUAUCUUUUAUCUUAAGUCCUGCGCUACAAAUUGAUGUGCGUCAGAAUUUUUACCCUCUGUUUUGAUGAAAUAUGGUGAAGAGGUCAUUUUUAAAUUCUGAUUGCAAGCCUACACCUUACUCUCCAAAUUAAAUCUAGAAUUAGUUACUGAAAUCGAUAUAAGACGUAUGAACGCUAUGAGAUUUGUCUUUAUUUAUUUACUAUUUUUUGGUUAGCUUAAUAGAUUUCUUAUCUGAACAUACUGUGGGUGUAUCAAAGGCGGGAGUGGUGCCAGCCUUUGUACCUCCACCCAUCCCUCCGUCCUGCAGUGCUUCCCUUCCUCCACCCGCUGCGUCCAGUAGUAGUGGAGCAUUACAUUUCGAUCUUCAAGAAAGCAGAGGAAAAGGCUUCAUUGGAUUCAAUUUGAACGAAAUUCAAAGCAUAGUGUUCGAAUCCAGGUAAAAACCUAUCUAUUGAGAUGGUUUAUUUCAUUAAUCAGUAGGCUGAAGACAUUACACUUUGACAUUGUAAUACUUUCCCCGAUCGAAAACACAAAUUACAUAAACUACAUAGAGGAUCGAUUAUACGUUUUUUGUGCCUGAUGCAAUUCUAUUAAUCCAGGAGAGGAAAUUGCACUGCCCCUAUGCAAGAGAAAGUGCUGUGAAAGACUAUAAAUUAAUGUUCCCAAAAGUUUGUUAAAAUUGCCUUUUACUGCCAAUAACUAAGGUCAAAUACAUGCGCACAAUGGUGUCGACUCAAAGAUUCGAAUAGAGAUACAAAAUAUCGGCAACAAAUGGUACUUGUGGUGUAAUGCUCCUUUGCUUUGCAGGGUUGUAGUUGGAUUAUCCUUCCGAGCCUUAUCAGACGACGGCCUAUUAUUAUAUGGCACCGACAAUGACACACACCCGACUCAGUUCUUUUCACUCGAACUUGUCCACGGAAAAUUGGUCUUCAAGUUUAACUCGGGUAAAGGCCUGGUUUCUAUGACCAGUGAAGAAAAGUACUCUGGAAACGGCCAAUGGUUUUCGGUAAGAAUAUCUCAUUACAUUGCUAUUUCAUAUUCAAGUAUAGAUCGUGGAGUCAAUGAUUACGGAGUUCACAGGCAUUAGGAUGACAGUAAUGAAGGUUAACAGGCAAUUGUCUCACUAAUUUCCUCAAUCCUUUCUUGGUCUGUUCAAUUCAUUAGGCUCAAUAUCAACAUAUCAACCAUUAUCUAUAAGUCUAAUCUCAUUAAAUUGACUGACAUAAUAUCAGGUUCGUAUUCUCCGCCUGUUUCAUUUUGGUGCUAUGCUAACAAGUACUAUGGAUUAUGUGAAUGGAAGACACGACCCGCCCAGUCUUUCGAUGAAUCUACGCCACUUGUAUAUUGGUGGACUACCCAGUUACGUGGUUGCUCCAACAGUCACCAACAGGCAUGUUGUUCAUUAGGAUACAGUAAAGUGGAUUGAAUUCUCUAAAAAUUUGUCCACAAGGAGAGUUUUAAGUGACAAGCAGAUAGUGGCCCUUGACUAAAUCUCGACAAAAUAAUUUUUGCUUUCGAUUUCCAAUAUGAUUACAAACGGUAUGUCGUUUCAUGAAGAUAGAGUAACAUGGAUUGAAUUCUUUAUAAAUUUUUUCACAAGGAAAAUUUUAAGUGACAAGCAAAUAGUGGUUUUUAACUAAAUCAGCUGUAUUCUCGGAUUCAUGUAUGAUUACAAACGGUAUACUUCUUGAAGAACGUAAAUUAGUGAUGUCAAUGCUAAAUUUAAUGAACAUAGUUCUGUAGUGAUGACCAUGCAGACUGCCCGAUAAUGGACAAUUAACUAAAGAACUUUCGUACAUCGUUUGAUAAUCAUAACUAUCUUUUAGUAAACUAGUUAUAAUCUACUGUGUACUUUUGUUGUUAUUUUAGGUUCUUAGGGUUUGCAGGCUGUAUGAAAGAUUUCGAUGUUGCCAACAGUGAAUCCUUGUUCGAUUUUAACAAACCUGAUAGUAGAGGCUCUAACGAGACUCGCGGUCUGUGUUAUGACAAGGCUCAGCCAGGUCUCGGUUUCAAUGGUUCCUCUUGGGCCAGAUUUGGCAAGUGAUACUGUGCUAUCUUAAUAGUCGAUAUAUUUAGACAAAUUUAAGACAGUUUCUGUCUGAACUCUAAAUGGCAAGAUAGUUUGGAAUACUUCCAAAAGUAAUCACACGCGUAAUUUCUGAACGAAAAGCUACAACUUGCUGAAACUUAUCACAAAACAGUACAACAUGCUCUAGAAUGAAUGACAUUAUACUGGAAAAUACCUUUGUCAUUUUCUGGAGUUCUAUUCGAGAGUUACAAAAGCCAAAUCUCAUAAAAUUUAUUGAUUUUUAGAUGACUUCAAUUUAAGUGCAGAGUUCAAUGUCCAGGUGACUUUUCGGACCUCAUCACGCGACGGAUUGUUGUUUAUGAUAACAAGUGCUCCUGAUUCUACAGGUUAGUUAGUGCUACAAAGACAGGAUUUGAAUGAUUUGAAAUUCGUGAAAGUAUAUACUAAGUAAAAGAUGACUUAUGUUACACUUCUAAAGACGUCACCUAAGUAAAACUGUCUGUGACUUCGCGCAUGGUUGUGAGCAACAAUUGGAUGUUUUUCAUUUGAGGUAUAUUAAUACCAAUACCACACUCUGCAUUAAUAGCAAGUUUGAUUAUUAGUGCCAGUUGUCAUCACGAGGGUCAUAGCAAAGGGUGACUUAAGAUUUCCCUUUGUUUAGUUGCUGUGUGAUCUUUCAACAAAUUUGACAAUUUUCAUAGGGAAGAAGGAGCAAUGGGGUUUUUAGAUAAAAGGAAUACUGCUAAGGACUUGUUUUGAGUUAGUACAAAUGAACUGUACAACUCAGCAAGAAUGACUGACGACUUCGAAAUUAAAUUUCGAUAGUCGAUGGUAAAUGCAAUAGAUGUAAAUUUGAGUCUUUCGAGUCAUGUCUCGAUUUGACAAAGCUUUCUUUGCUUUUAUUUAAUUAUCUGUUUAUUCAUUUUUGGUAUUCUUCAUCAGCGGGAAACAGAAUGCACAUCCGUCUGGAACAAAAGAGUGGUCAGGUACGUAAAGUGAUUAGAGUUUUAAUUUAUCAUUGAAAUCAUGAAUACUUAAAAGGUAGAAAUCGAUUUGGCGGGGAAGGGCUAUGGAUUCGGGAAUGGAUGUGAUGGUAUGAUACACCUGAAUAAGUUUUCCUUCGUAAUCUUUGAGCCCACAGUUAACCUAAAGUAAAAGUUAAACUCACAUAUCUGUGAUAGAGUGAUGAUUUCCUUGUCCUUAUAAACUUAGAUGAUUCUGACUUACAACACCACGACAAACGAAUCACAAAUUGUUUGGACCGAACCUGGACUUGGAAAUGAUACCCAAUCGUCUUACAUGAUGUGCCAAAUGAAUUGGCACACGGUUAGAGUUACCAAGCAGGGAUCUAAUCUAACCGUCGCAUUAGAUGACGUCCAUUCCGUCACCAAGCCGGUUCGAUAUGGCACCAACAUAACCGGGCAGCUAUUUCUUGGCGGAUAUCCAGGUUAAAUUUCAUUCUUAAUGUUAGGGGGAUUGUGAGCGAAAACGGGAAAAAAGUCUGCGCUUCCUCGACUUGCAAGCAACCAGCUCUUUGUCUACUGCUCCUUUCGAUUAUUCCUCUGCAGUAUCCAAAGCUCGAGCACGUCCUCAAGCAGCCUUCUGCGAAAAAUCAAAUCAUUGAAAAAUCAGACAUAAAAAUCAAACAGAAAAAUCCUAACAAUUGAAUACUAGUUAAAUAGCUGAUGCCCUUUUGUCUAACUAUUGAAGCGCCGACCGAGAAUUAAAUAUAAUCAUGGUUUGUAUUUUUUUCGGUAUUAAAGCACCCAUUAGGUUUAUUAUUUAGUGAGGUUCAAUUUCUGUGUAACACAGGACCGAAAGGAUCAAUAUACACGCUAAGUGAAACACGACCAGAGUUACCAACUUAACUUUGAGACAUAUCGGUAAAAAUUACACUUUCUCUCUAUGAAACAUUGGGACAAAAUUUCUCGACUUUAGAAGUUUGAUAUUGACUUUUCCCUGACCGCGGCAACCCUAUUUAUCACAUUACGAUAUGUUGAAUACCACAGACAAUAAUGUUAGUUUUUUCCGUUUUUAAACUACAGCUGAUCAGUUGGGAGGAUAUCCUUCAGUUUUCACGGGAUUCAAAGGCUGCCUCAAGAAGUUUACUGUGGACGGAAAUACUUUACAUUUUGCAGAUUUAGCGCAGUUUUCUUAUGUCUCAUCGGCUUGUCCACUGACGUCAAGCGAAGGUGGAAUUUAA